AUGACAACUACUCUAAUAGUCGCCAUGAUUAUUGUUUUGUGUGCGAGACGAAGGUUUAAUAUUUGAGCGACUUGUACUUUGCCAUUUUAAGAUUGUCUCUCGAUUGUUUUAAGUCAUGCCUCCAAAAAAGAAAGGAAAGAAAAGUGGCAAGAAGAAGAAGAGUGGUAAAAAGAGCGCCAAAAAGUCUCCCUCUGCAGCACCUUCGAGUGACAUCCUCAAUGAGUUGUCGAAGGAGUAUUUCCUUAUCCAGAUACGAGACUUGGAAGAAAGGCUUGCUCGCUACCAGAAAAAGUGCGACGAGCUUGAACUGGCAAAUCAGGAUUACAGAUCUCAAUACGAACAACAAACAACGGAUAAAAAAGAAAUUGUUUCGUUUUUGAAAAAGCAAUUGGAGCAAAGAGCGGACGAAAUAGCUGACCUUCAGGAUCGACUGAUCGGAUUACAACAAGCCAAGGAUGGCGAAAAAGAUCAAUACGAAGUACAGUUAGCUACUUUGAGAACUGAAAUGCAGGAAAUUAAGGAUCAGUUAACAUCAGAGAAUAUGGUUUUGGGUGGAAAAUUAGCUUCACUGGAAGAGUUUCGUGUUCAAAAGGAAGAUUUGAUGGCAAAGUUUGCAAAGAUGGAGGAGGAACUGGAAAAACAGCAGAAAGAACAUAAAGACGUCAUUUACAAUUUGGAAAGGAAAGCUGUCGUUGACAAGGACAGGUUAAAGAAAGAGAUGGUGCUGCGACUGAACCAAGUUGCUGCAGAAUUUAGGAAGGUAUCAAACAAACAGAUGGCCGAAACAACCAAAAGAACAAUAAGAGAGAAUGUCUCUAUUAAUGCACAGCUGGCUAAGAUGUCAGACAAAACCAUGGAACUCAUUCAAGAAAAUGAUGAACUGAGAACCAGGGAGAAAAAGAUGAAACUUCAGAUUGAUAUGCUGGAACAUAACGAGAAGGAGCUGGCCAAGAAAAACAGCAGCAAUCAAAAGAUGAUCCGUAUGUUGGCAGAGAAAGCCAAACAACAAGAGGAGAUGCUGGUUGAAUAUGAUGAGUUGGAAGGACAUAAUAAAGACAGGGAGAGUGAGGUGGAGCUGCUUCGAGCACAGGUGGAUAGCAUCAAGGAAGAAUUGAAGAAAACAACAGAAAACAAGGAAUCUCUAGAGAAUGAACUUGCAAAAGUUACAAAGGACAGAGAUCUGUCCAUGAAGAAGAAAGAUGAGUUGACUGGAAUUCUUUCUCAGGCUGCACAAGCUCUCAGAACUUCACUGAUGGCACCCACUGUUGUCGACGGAAAGCGAGAUGAAGCAGAGGCCAUUUCUCAACGUGAAAAUCUAGUGCAGACACUUCUAGGAAUAUUGAAUGAUGCAGCUUCAUUUGGUGUGGGUCCUAGUGCAAAGGAUUUUAUACCAACUCGCCAGACUAGAGGAUACUCAAGCCCUAGUCCAGAUAUAGGCAGACAUAUACCUAAAAAGAAGGAAACUCUAGCUUCUAAAGCACAGGCCGUGGCAGCAGCAGUGAACCGCCCUCUACCACAUUACAAGCUGGGAGACCUGGGAAUAGUUCCCAGGUCCCAUCCAAAGCUUGGAGAGAGGACCGGGGCUUCUUCACCACUGGCUCCCAUUAGCAAGCAGACCAGAAGUAUUGGUGUACAAACUGUUAGUGCACAGAAGGCCAUGUUUUUCGCUGAUCAGCUCCUUUCCAAACGAAGUCCUACUUCCUCUAGUCACUCCAUAUCGCGUGACUACCAUUCACCAAUCAGAACAGAGCUACCUGUUGGCAGCGGGUCACGUGGAAGAAUACCUUAAACGGGGCGCUGCCAAGUACAGACAACAGGUUUUCUAUUUAGUUUUUCUGCAAGAAACCACCCUGUCUCCGUGGUGAAUGACUUUAGUCUAGUUACUUUGCGAAGUAGUUGGAUUUAUUCACUACAAGAGAUUGCUGUAGGCCACCGUUCUCUGGAAUGAACUGGUACAAGUUUCCUUCGAUGUGGAAGCCGCUUUCAAGGCCAUACUGGAGUAUGACUUACUAACUCUAACUUAUGCGCAAACAAACUAUGUACACAUAUUUCCAGUUCAGCCACAUUGUUGUAUCAAUUCCAUCAAAAUCCCACUUUGUAAAUAGUGUAAUUUUCUCACUCAUGUCCGUGAGCAAUGAAUAUAUUUUUCUCUCCGCUUUUGGUGUAAAUGUCGCUUUAUAAAGUUGGUGAUACGCCUUAUAAUCCAAUGAAAGAUAUGAAUAGAGUUUGUUACUCCGCGUCGCUUGAAUACAUUUUUGUUGUGUUUGUUGGCGAGUGAAUACCAAACUAGAAGGCUUACAAGGUGCGACCUUUUUAAAUUUGUAAAUAUAUCUUCUGUUGCAAUAAAUAAGGUUAUUUUGA